CUCCCCACAGCAAGGAGCAAAGCCCAGUCGGGGAGAAAGAUCGGCCAUGGCUACCCCAGAGACAGCUGGGCCCAGCCGCUUCUACGAUGCCAUCGUGGUGGGAGCAGGGAUCCAGGGCACGUUUGCUGCCUACCACUUGGCGAAGAGGGGGCAGAAGACCCUCUUGCUGGAGCAGUUCCCCCUGCCCCACACCCGAGGAAGCUCCCAUGGACAGAGCCGAAUCAUCCGCAGCGCCUACCCCCAGGACUAUUACACAGCCAUGUUGGGAGAGGCCUAUCGCCUCUGGGCAGAGCUGGAGGAAGAGGCAGGCACCAAACUCCACAGGCAGACACCAAUGUUGGUUCUGGGGCGCAAGGACAACCCUACGUUUCAGAGGUUCUGGGACGCCAUGCAGCGCAACCACGUCCCCAGCGAAGCACUAACAGCAGAGAGCUUGGCCCAAAGAUUCCCAGGAAUCCACCUGCGUGGCGGAGAGGUGGCUGUGUGUGAUCACACCGCCGGGAUCUUGUUUGCUGACAAGGCGGUAAAAGCUGGCCAGGACCAGUUCCAACGCUAUGGAGGGACCGUCCGUGAUGGAGAGAAGGUCCACGGGAUCCUUCCUGGGACCGUGAUCAAAGUGACCACCAGCCAAGGGGAGUAUCGUGCCAAACACCUCGUAGUGACCGCAGGAGCCUGGGCCAACCGCCUCCUGGCCCCGUUGGAGCUGCAACUGCCUCUCCAGCCUCUGCGUAUCACUGUCUGCUACUGGAGGGCAAAAGCUGGGAGCCCCCCAAGCCUCCUGGAGAAGCUGCCUGCCUUCCUCGGGAUCAACCUGAACGGGGAGAAGCGAGAUCUCUAUGGGCUGCCGGCUGGCGAGUACCCGGGUCUUGUCAAGGUCUGCUACCAUUACGGCACCCCUGUGGACCCCGACCAUCCCGACCAGCCAGGCUCUUCCGCUCCUGACCUCCGCAUCCUACAGGAUUUUGUGAGCAAGUAUCUGCCAGGGCUUGAACCCGAGCCAGCUGUUCAGGAGCGUUGCAUGUAUACGAACACCCCAGAUGAGGACUUUGUGUUAGAUCGCCACCCACGUUUUAGAAAUAUUGCCAUCGGGGCAGGAUUUUCAGGUCACGGGUUCAAGUUUGCCCCUGUUGUUGGGAAGAUCCUUUGCCAGCUGAGCUUGGGUGAGGAGCCCUCUUACGACCUGGUCCCGUUUCAGAUCAGCCGCUUCUCAUCCCAGCUUAAGGCCCCCUUGUAAACCCCCAAAUUGACAGGAGGUGGGAAGAAAUGGAUGUCCCUUACUCAUCUUCCAACUUAGAAAUUAGAAAUCUCAGGAAACCCUGGUCGGCUGUGUGUAUGUGAACAACUCCUAAGAAAUAAUUUCUUUUUGAAUGAGCGAAAGCUUGCUGCUAUUUCCCCCUUUUUUCUUUAACGCAAGAGCAAAAUCCACGGCAUUAGCAAAUAAUAACAAGGCUGUUGGGAAGAGUUCAGUAUUUUCAGUGUAAUAAAGUUUAACUCAUUGGCCAGAUAUAUGGAAAGUACUGAAGCUUUUAACUGUACGAGACAGUUUCUGUCCAAAUAACAUGCUUGCUUUCUGUUGAAAACAAAA